AUGGUUGAAACUAGUAUCUCUGAGUCAGAAACUGCAACAAAAUCUCAACUUAUAUACCGGUGUAAGAAAUGCAGAAGAAUUGUUGCUUCAGAGGAUAUUACAGUUCCCCAUGAGCGUGGAAAAGGAGAAUCAAGCUUUAAAUGGAGUAAGAGAAACAACGAAUCCUGGGAAUAUAAAAAUCAACCAGCUGAUUGCACCUCAAUAUUUGUUGAGCCCAUGAAGUGGAUGCAACCAGUACAAGAAGGUCAAGUGGAAGAGAAACUUGAGUGCAUGGGUUGUAAAGCUCGUCUGGGUUACUUCAACUGGGCUGGCAUGCAGUGCAGCUGUGGAGCCUGGAUAAAUCCUGCUUUUCAGCUCCAAAAAAGCAAAUUAGAUGAGUGCUAUAUGUAA